AUGUCUUCCGUCUCAAGCCCGGCCUCGGUCAUGACGCCCGACUCGGAUGCCGGCAGCUUGAGGGGUUCCUCGCCGUCGGUCGAGGGCCACGACUGCCGGGCCAUGGUUCGUCGUCUCCUAUCCCGCUACAGCAGGAACGAGAUUGACCAGCUUCUCCGAGAGGAGGGAGGCAAGCCUUCUCCGUCCGCCCGGGCACCUGCGAGACGAAACGCUGACGGCCGCCGGCCGUCUGACCGGGAAGCAACCGUGGCGAGGCACGUCGGACCGGUCCCGAACUCGUCUUCGCCCGCGAGGCAACCGUCCGCCGCCAAAGGCUCAUCCUCGUCCGAGGAGCCGGCGGCCGAAAGUCCGACGCAGGCCAAAUCCGCCGUCGCCAGGCCGGGCGGCCGCGCACCGCCGUACAAGCAGGACUACCUCUGCGGCUUUUGCUCCGAGAUUGGCAUCAACAAGACGUGCACGCGACGAAACGACCUGCGUCGCCACAUUGAUCAGUUCCACAACACCAACGCCCAAUGGCUAUGCCAGCACCGCGGCUGCCACAUGACGUUUGACUGGCAGACGGCCUAUCAGAUCCACCUCCGGAACGAGCACGGCGGCUCGCAGAUGCGCAUGGAGGAGGCCAAGGUCCUCCUGUGUCCCCAAACCGUCUUCGCCUGCGGCUACGAGGGCUGCUUCCACCUGCUCGAGGCGCCGACCGAUGCCGAAGCUCCGUCGACCUGGAAGACCUACACGACCCAUCUCACCAGGCACUGCGAGGAGGGCCGGGCGACGAGACGGUGGUCCUACAGCCACAGGAUGCGCAACCUGCUGAGGCAGCACCGCUUCGCGCCCGCCUGGGACGCCACCGUCUCCAAGACCGACCAGAGCCGGCUGCGGUGGGAUCCGGUCGCGAGCCGCACGCUGCGCAAGCUUCUCGAAACGAGACAUUGGGGUACGCUGUCGAGCCUGAUCAACUGCGUCGUCGUCAUGGGAUCCGCCCGAGACAAGGCCGCCCAGGCCGAGGCCAUGCUGCCUCUGCACCUGCCCAUCAAGAAGGUGUGCCCCGCGGCCGCCAUCAAGCACGAGAUGCCGAGCGCCUCUCGCGCGGAGCAACAACCGCCCCAGGACGGCUCGGGGCUCGACCCCCCCCCGUGUGGCUUGACCGACGACAGCUUCGCGCCGUACCCGAGAGCGGCACCGCUGCCUCCCUCGCAUCUCUCCAACCCGCUAGCCUUUCAGCCGGCCCUGUCCAUGCCGGCAAGGUACGCGAGCUUUGACGGCCACGGAAGUGUCUCGCCGACGACUCCGCCGCAAGCCAUGUUCACCAUGCCGGCACCAGAGUUGUACCAGCCCGCCGGACAGGUGUCGCAGGUGUCCCAGAUGCACCGAGGGUACCUGACCGCCGCGUAUGCCGUGUCGCCGAUGAACGACGCCGGCGGCGUACUGAUGGCCGAUGGGUGCGACGCGUCUGCCGUCCCUCGUCGCCAGCCGAGCAGCUGGACCGACGUGUACGGGUCAGGCGGAGGACUCCAGAGCCCAACGCUCACGGAUGGGUGCUACGGCGUCGGCCGCUCCCUGAGUCCCGUCGAACGAGACGGCGUCGGGACGUACAUGCCGACGCACUCCUGA